AUGAGUAGUCGGCAGCGAGACAAAUAUCGUAAAUUUGAUUCAGGUUACCAAAAACGAGUAAAUAAACUAAAACUUGAGCAAAAUCUAAAAAAGCAACGUGGUGCGUUAAACAAAUUUGUUUUAUCUCCAAAUAUUCCUGAGAGAGUAGCUGAAGUCCAGAAUGAAAUUGAAAAUUACGAGGAGAAGUUUAUGUCAAAAAGUGAUACAGAGCAACCUGGUUGUUCCAAAGAAUAUGUGACUCAAAAUAGUAAUGAGGUAGUUGAUAAAGAUAGUGGUUUAUCAAUUGAUUCUAAAAUAGUGAACAAAAGAGAAGCAAGAAUUGAUUUUAGUGAUCCAGCGCAGUGGCCACAGUCAUUAAAUCAUGAUAUGCGAGUGGAAAUUGUUCUUAGUAAAUCUGAAAAAAUCGAAUUUUAUGAAACUGUUUUAUCUUGGAACGAGUUAAAGACACGAAUAAUUAAAAACGAAACAAUUGAUGAUGUCCAUUUAAAAGAAAUAGAUAAAAAAAAGCAAUAUUGGAAAGAUGUACUUAAACGAAUUUUAUCAGCAAUUUUUUAUUUGGCAAAACAUGGUGAUGAAUUUCGGAGAUCUUCUGAUGUCAUUUACACGGAACAUAAUGGUAAAUUUUUAGGUCUUAUAGAGAUGAUGGCCAAAUUUGAUCCAGUUAUUCAAGAACACGUUCGUCGGAUAAAAAAUAAUGAAACUCAUGAUCAUUAUUUAAGUCACCAAAUACAAGAUGAACUGAUUGAACUUAUAGCGCAAAAAAUUCGUCAACAGAUUGUAGAAGAAAUCAAAGAAGCCAAAUACUUUUCUAUUAUGAUGGACUGCACUCCAGAUGUUAGUAGAGAAGAGCAACUUUCUAUAAUUAUUCGUAUUCUAGAUAUGGGAAACAAAAUUAUGUCUACAAUACCUUGCAUCAAAGAAUAUUUUAUAGAAUUUAUUAAUGUUCAUAAUACAACUGGAUAUGAUUUGACAAAUAUUUUAUUAGACAAAUUAAAUAGUAUAGGUAUAGAUCUAAAAGAUUGUCAUGGACAAGCGUAUGAUAAUGGUGCCAAUAUGAAAGGCCAGUACAAAGGGGUUCAAUCAAGAAUUAUAGCAAAAAAUCCUAGAGCAUUUUUUUCACCAUGUGCAUGUCAUAAUUUAAAUUUGUUGUUGGGUGAUAUAGCAAAGAGUUCCACCGUAGCGGUUGGGUUUUUUGGCACCAUACAAAGGAUAUAUUGUUUGUUUGCAUCUUCCAUAAAACGCUGGGAUAUUUUAAAAAAACAUUGUACAUUUUUAACACUAAAGCCACUUUCAGAAACCAGAUGGGAAUGUAAAGUUAACAGUUUCAAAGCUAUACGUUACCAAGUACCCGAACUUUUUAGAGCAUUAGAAGAAGUGGCUUAUACAACUUCAGAUCCAAAAACGAAAAGUGAAGCUCAGUCAUUAGCUUCAAAUAAACUAGAAAGCUAUGAAUUUAUUCUUAGUUUGGUCAUUUGGUAUGAAAUAUUAAUCGAGAAACAAUUUGAUUAUAAAAAUUCUGAUGAAAUAAAUGAUGAUCCAGAAAAAAAUUUCCGAACAUUUUAUUUUAAUGUAAUUGCCGAUGGAGCUUUAUCGUCAUUUAGUGAACGAUUUAAUCAAUUUCAAAUUUAUAACAACAAUUUCAGUUUCUUAUACAACAUUAUUGAACUCCGAAAAAUAACAAAUGACGACAUUAUGAAGAAUUGUUUAAAUUUACAAAAUUAUUUAAGUGAUGGAGAUUCAUAUGACAUAGUUGCUUCUGAAUUUUAUGAAGAGUUACUAGUUUUUCGUCAUACAAUGAAAGAAGAUUCUACUCCUAUAGGAGCACUCAGUUUUUUUUAA